CCCGACGCCAAUUGCACCCGCCCACGAUGGAUAUCCGCCCGCAGCACGUCCAGCUCGCGACCGCGCUCCCGAAACGCCUCCUCGACUUCUUCAGAAAAUAUCCGCCGCCCGCCCUCACGCAGGGCCUGUCCGCCGCCGACGUACCUGCACCACUAGCCGCAUCGUUCGAGACGCCUGCUGUGGCAUCGAGUACCUCCUCCACAGAUCCCAAUGUUCCAGCGAUAGAAACACCCUCCGCUGCCCUUGCAGAACGCACCUACCGCAAUCCGUUCCAGCCGACUAAGAACUUCGCUACUGGCAAAUGGAACUCGCCUGUCUUUGGGCUACGGCGGCAGGCUGAGAUCGUUAAGCUCGCGCAGAAGCAUGGCGUGGUGGAUCUGCUUCCGUAUACUAUCAAGCUGCCUGGCGAGCGAGAGAAGAGGAGGGUAGAGCGUGGAUUGAGGGUCAAGGGGACGGGAGUGGGAGAAAGGGUAAAGGGAAAGGCGUGGGAGAGGACGUUGAAGGGGAGGUUAGAAGAGAGGAGGAACGCGAUGUUGGCUAUGCCGCAAAUGAUCGAGGAUUGGAAGCAGAGGGGUCACGGAAGAGGGUGGAAGAAGUGGCCGAAAUAAAGGAUUACUGGCGUGGCUUUUCGACGCUGAAGAGGGUGUUAAACAUCCUCGCGCUAAAGUGCUGCUGUAUUGUACAUAUAGAGAUGUGGUGCACGGAUUUGCAUGGGACUUGGAGUUGGGACACCACAUUGGAGAAUUUGCGAAACUUGUAUCAUAUGUAUACACAUUGGAGUAUGUUCUCCAUCAUGCACACAAGCCUACGAUUCCAAGUGGUCUUAGGCUUUGGCAUGACUACUGCUUGAAAUGACCGAGACUCACUUCCAUCAUCGUCCUCCUGUAUUUUACAUCUUUUUUAGAACUUUCAAGAAAGCACUGGUGUGCCCUCAGUAGUUGCAAGAGUCGAUUGUAGGUGGUCAAAAGCCCAAUGACUUAUUCGAAACCCU